AUGGCUUUGCCAGAGGAAAUCAUCCACACUCCCCUCAGCCUGUUGGACUAUAUCCCACCUCGCAACUAUGUGCGGCUUUUGUUCCCACUCGCUCUAUUGCGCGGAGUCAAGUAUCAGGAGGUAUUUCGCAAUCUCCAGGAAGCGCUUCGCAAGACCUUUGUCCAGGAGCCCUGGGCUAGAGGCAAGGUCUUCCGCCGGACCACCGACAUCGACGUCCACGGUCAGCUUGAAAUUCGCUUUCAUCCACACUCGCGCGACGAGGGUCAGCCAUGCCAGCUCCGGUACCACGAGAUCGAGACUGACUGGACCUAUGCCGAUUUGCAAGAAUGUGGAUUUCCUGCGAAUGUGUUCCCCGAGGAUACGUUACUCCUUGACGCGCCUCGCCUAGGCGACGUGGAUGGCGACGGGGCCGAUAUCUUUUUGGCCCAGGCUAACUUUCUACCGGGAGGACUCCUUCUGGCAGUGACGACCUCGCAUGCGGCCACGGAUGCCGCCGGCAUGCUCGAUUUGUUCAAGCUAUGGGCUGAGAAUUUCCGCGAGCUGCACGCGCGGGAUGCAGGGGGGAAGAUCGCGCCGUCCCCGUUCGCCACGCAGGAUCGGGACCGGACCCUCCCCGAUCAACUCUGGCGGAGAGCCCAGAGGCAGGGAGAGAAGGCAAAAACACAUUGCCUCGACAGCCGUUGGCUCCGCGGCCUGGUUAGCCUGGACUCAGAUCCGAACACUGUCGGAGACUCUGACCAGACCCAGGCCAUGGCAUCGACAUCACUGGUGCCCGACGACGACCUCUCGUCCAUACACGGCCGCAUGAUCAACCGCGUUCUGUUCCUUUCUGGUCAGGACCUAGCUACAUUGCAGAGGGAAUGCGGAGCCGAGCCUCUACCACCCGGCGAAGGUGCCAUUUCCGCCAGCGACGCCAUCAACGCUCUCCUGUGGCGAGGACUGCUCAGGGCCCGCGCUGCCGCCGCAGAGGCGCGAUCGAAGCCGUUGACGGAUCGUCAUUCAGUCUUUGAGUCGCCCGUUGAUGUGCGCGGCCUCUGGGCGUCCGAUUUCCCCGCGCACUACCUAGGCAAUUGCUUCCUGCUGAACACGGUGCAGCUGCCUCUAGCGGAAUUGAUAGCGCCAUCUACGUCGCUGGGUCACAUCGCGCGUGCCCUCCGUCGUGGUGCGGCGCGUCUGGACAGGCACAUGGCGCACGAGGCCUACGGACUGCUACAGGCCACGGAGGAUCUGUCGCGAGUACGAGGCCGGUUCGUGGAGCGCAUAGACUCGGCGGACCUGCUAGUCUCGAAUGUCAUGUUUCUGGCAAUGUCAGACCUGAGCUUCGGCGAUCGCCACUUUGGCCACGGUGGUAUCCCGCAGUCACUGCGAGUGCUGCACGCGCAGUACGCAUCUUCGGUGCGGCUGGCGCACAUUCUGCCGCGAAAUCCAAACCACGGGGGCGUCGAGCUGAGCGUGAAUUUGUUCGAGGAGGAGAUGGCAUACCUUGAACAAGAUGCGGAGUUUAACAGGUUCUUGGUACCGAUUGAGAUGUGA